AUCAAUAAAUAGGAAAGCAAAGGGUUAUUCUGUGUUAAAUUCCGAUGAUGUACUUGGAAAAAGAAACGAAUGUAGACAAAGUAGUAUUUAACUGAGUAAAUAAUGAAGUAACCUCCCUUAGUUCCCGGCCGGUGUCGAGGUUGAGACCCAUUGACUGGAAGAAGGAUGGUGGGGAAAUCAACUGUUAUAGCAGUGGUUGCUGCUACGUCAAUAGUUGCCUUUCCAUACAUGACAGCUCUAAUAUGCAACCUGGCUUAUGGAUGGCCACAGAUAAAGAACAAAUACAGACGGGCAUUCAGUCCCAAAAAAGUGUUUGCUCUCAACUUUUCGGUCAUUCAGAAACUUGUCACAACGUUGAGGUUUACUACGUGGUAUCUCCAGUCCAAGUCAUUCUAUUCCAAUGCACCAGCAAGCACUAUUAUGAAGGACAGGCUUUUUAGCAGGAACGGUCAACGCCUGGACCUGUAUUUUCCCCGCCAACAAGGGCUUGGAGACAAGGGCAUGUUACCAAUCAUUGUAUUCGUGUAUGGGGGUACCUGGAGCUCUGGACACCGGAGUAUGUACGGGACGCUGUGCUUCGAGCUGGCAAACACCAUCGGUUGCAUUGUGUGCUGUCCUGAUUAUACGCUGUAUCCAGAGGGCCACAUUGACAACAUGAUUAAGGAUCUGCGAGACUGUCUGUCCUGGCUACAUGUUAAUGUGGAGCACUAUAAUGGAGAUAAGCAAAAAAUCCUGCUAAUGGGUCACUCGUCAGGCGCUCAUAUAUGUGCCAUGACAAUCUUAGACCUGCUACAUGACCAAGCCUCAGAGGGGGAAAGCGCGCAGCUUCAGGGGUCCACAUCCGCAGGCCCGGAAAUGUUAUUCAUUGAAAAGCACUUUAAUGGUAGCUCGGACAACAAGGACAAUGGUAGCUCGGACAACAAGGACAAUGGUAGCUCGGACAAGGGUAGCAAAACCAGUCUUGAGCCUUCUGCAUCGUACUUGUUGUUAGACAGUCAGCUCAGCAUUAACAGUGAUUUGGGUGACAACGAUAGACCAAGCUCUUUGUCAUCGUCUGGGAAAUUUGAGAUGCUGGAGAAAUCAACCUCUGACGCAUCAAUGCUCGAGUCUGAGAUUCGAGCCCUAACGCAGGCUGAGGGUGGUUCUAUUAUGUACGAGGGCAGAAGCCAGGAGGGGGUAGAGAAUGCUGGUGUUUCCAACAUCCAAAUAACGGAGACCAUGGUUGCCAGUGAGACAGAAGAAGAUGACAACGAUUCUGUGAUAACUGUGACAUACCUUGAGGGGCAGCUGGAGAGCCCGAACCUGGCCGAUGCUGAACUUGCAAGCUGCAUCAAGGCUUUUAUUGGUCUGGCGGGUGUGUACCACAUCGGGGACCAUUUCAAGCACGAGAUGUCCCGAGGGGUGGAGGACGUGUCAAUGAUGGCGCGGGCUAUGAGGGGAGACACAAACUUCGACAUGUUUUCCCCGACCUGUAUACUGAGGCGAAUGGAGACUCCACUGGAUUUCCCCAAAACUGUGCUCAUUCACGGAACAGAUGACUACGUGGUGCCCCUGUCAUCCAGCUCGCUAUUGGCAGCGGAACUGAAGCGUCUUGGGGUGGUUGAAACGGUCCGAAUCAUUCCAAGUUGCGAUCACUAUGAGGUGGCUUUAGAUUUGUCAACCCCAAGUCGAAAAUUCCACAAAACAAUAAUGGACAUUGUUAAUGAUACUGCUAAGUCUGUCUUUUCUUGAUUAUAUAAAUAAACCACUUUCUGAGAAAACUGGGCUUAAUGCAUUUGCAGAGUGCACAGGCUGAUCAGGGACAACAAUUACAACUUUUAUAGAAUUUUGUGUUUAAAAAUAAAUAAAUAAAAAAAGUCCUUAUCGAAUGAAAAUCCAGUUUAGGCAGAAAUUGUCCUCAUUUAUAAGCCUGUGCAGACCGCUCAGAGUAUCUUGGACGCCACUUUGCGCGCAUGCAUUAAGCCCAGGUAUACGAGAACACUGCUCAUGUGUUUACUUGUCCGUCUUAACAUUUGUCACCAGGAUGUCGAUUUGAGUCGCGUUCUAAGAAAACUGGGCACACCGGCUAAUCAGGGACGACUCUUGCCGCGGAAAUUGGAUUGUUGCUAAGAAGAGACUUCAUUUAACAAAAAUGGCAUAAAAGCGGAAAGUGUCGUCCCUGAUAAGCCUGUGCAGAUUGCACUUCACGCACAUGCAUUAUACCCAGUUUUCUCAGAAAACACGGCUCAUGUAUACUAGAUUUUAAUAAACGACUGGUAUAUGUUUAAUUUAUAUUUAUAGUGAAAAAUGCUUGGACAUUUUAGCAUUAGAUCAUGUAACCGGGAUUCCAAGUAAUACGAGUGUUUCUGAUAAAACAUUAUCAAACAAGAAACAAAUAUAUUGUUUUGUUGGUUUUUCAGAAUUUAUGCAAUGGUUAUUGUUUGGUAUAAAGCUUUAAAUGAUGUAAUUUGUUAUGUCCUAAAAAUAUGAAAACAAAUUGACAAUACAUUAAAUGUCCAACUAAAAUAAAUAAUUUUCCUGUUUCAUAGUGUACCAAGCUAUGAAUAUACAAAAUAUAGAUACAUAGAAUGUUCGUUUUUCUCUUCGAGUCUUAUAAUUUCAUGAUUAUUAUUGUGUAGUUAUGUAACCUUAUAACAAGUUUGCUCAAUAUUAUUACCAAACAUAUGAAUUUCCCAAUAGGCUUAUCCGAUUUUAAACAAGUGUUCAUUUUAAAUUUGCCAUUACAUGUAUAGAGAGCGUUCUACACAUGGCAUAGUGGCAUUGGUAUUUGUAACUUUUGUUGUUGAAACUCAUCUUUAAUAAACUUAAUUUAAAAUAA